GUUCCCUAAUCUCCUGAGAGUAAUUUUACUAAAAAGGAAGAUAUUUGUAUGCAAUGGCACAGAUUCUUGUUUACCUCGUUUACGAAAAACUGGGCCGGCAAUGAGUAAUUAUCAACUUAUAACACCUCGCAAGCAAACGAAGUUUGGUUGUAUUCCUCAGAUCAAAACUGGCGAUUUUUUCAGUCAAAACUUCUUAAUAGUUCUCUAUGAAGAUUGUCAUAGUGCAAAGUGCCUGAAGUUGUAAUUGUGGUAGACCAGGAUUUGUUAAUGUUAUCCAAACAUUCGACAUGGAAAUGCCCAUUUCGUCUAGACUUGUGACAUUUCUGGCCAUUCUAUGUGCGUUCCAAGAGGGAAACGCAAUAAGAUGUUAUGAAUGUGUGGCCAGAUUAGGACUGGGCGAUUCUAGCCCUUGUCUUUAUGGUGAUCGGACUCAGCUGCGCAGAGUGAAUUGUAUGGGCCCAUCUGUCUGCGCAGCUUAUCACUAUCAAACAAUGAUUCCUGGAACUCCUCCAAUCAACCACAUCACCAGAGGUUGUCAAGCUCUCCGCUUUGGGGCCACUUGUGAAGACAUUUUUCAACAGCUAAGAAGAAGAAAUGAAAUUUUACCAGGCCAACAUACAUGCACCACUUGCAGCACUGAUCUUUGCAAUUCCAAUAGUAGAAUAAUGCCUGUUUUCCCAAUUAUUUUUACAUUCUUUUGCUUAGCGCUGUAUCGAAUUGUUUUUUCUUGACGAUUUUAGAUAAUUCUAAACACAUUGGAAAUGUUUUAAUAUCGCUUGGAAAAAUGUUUUUUUAGUAAAUAGACUCUUUAAAUACUUAUGUUACCUUAUAGUAUUUAAGGUAUAUCUUCCAUUAACAGUUUUUAAAUAAGGCAAAAACUAUUUAUUGAAUGGAAGCAUUUUUGUCACUCCAAAAAGUUAAUAGGUCUUUUGUAUAAUUCGAUGUAACUUUACUAUUAGCAUUUCAAUAUAUAAUAAUUCUGCCAUGCAAAUAAGAAGUAUUACAGUUAGCUAUGCCAGAUACCUAAUCCAAUCCGGUCCAUUUGUAGGGUAUGAACGAACGGUGAUUAUAAUUUCAAGACAUGUACAUGUGUUUAUAUCAUUCUAUGUCAUUUUUAUAAUAACUUGUUGGCUUACAGAAUUUUUUACUUGGCUAGGUUUUGCAGGAUCGCGAACAAAAUAUACAUAACUUUUUUUAUAUUUUAUACAAGCGUCCAAAAAUAUGUAUAAAUGUAACUUCAAAUUUGGGAACUUUAUAGACGGUAUAACCUUUAUUAAGCCAAGUAAAUGAGGACAUGGUAAAUCGGCGCUUGUUUGCAAGCGGUGCAAAAUAAAUACUCAAAGAAUUUCAUUAUUA